GGGCGGAUACUUAAGGCGCGGCCACCGCGGCUGCGGCAGUGCGCCCAACAGCGGACUCCGAGAGGCGAACGGACCUCGGAACCGGCAGCACUCGCUCUCAACCACCCACCCACCACUCUCGGAACCAUGGCAGCAGUGGCAGCAGCCUCGGCUGAACUGCUCAUCAUCGGCUGGUACAUUUUCCGCGUGCUGCUGCAGGUGUUCCUGGAAUGCUGCAUUUACUGGGUAGGAUUCGCUUUUCGAAAUCCUCCAGGGACACAGCCCAUUGCGAGAAGUGUUCAGGUACUCCCUGCAGAAGCUGGCGUACACCGUGUCGAGAACCGGACGGCAGGUGCUGGGAGAGCGCCGCCAGCGGGCCCCCAACUGAGGCUCCAGCCCCCUCCCCUGGGCGGCCCUGUCACCAGGUGCUCCUGUGCAGUUCCACCAGCAUGGGAGCCAGUGCCGCGCAGGAAUGGGGCGUCCCCUGUGCCCUCUCGCCAGAGGAGCACUUGCCAAGGUCAGUGAGGGGCCGGUAGGCUCCCGGAGAAGCAGCACCGACAAUGACGACAACACCAGAUCCCUUCCCCACCCCUUUGCACCCAUCCUACUGCGGGUGGCGGUAGAGGGAGGAGGGGGGAAUGGGGGGAGCAGACCCCUGAGAUCUGGGCACAGGCAACGCAUUCAGAUCUGGACCAAAUCGGGACAGCACCAUCCCAGCCCCACAGCCACGGCCAUGCCAGCAGGCCGCACCACAGAGAUCCAGACAACCACACCAGCCAGCAGAAUGGACAUUCCAACUUCACCAGCCGAAGCCCUGAAUCUCCGUGCAGCAGACAAGUGACAACUGCGUGCCUGUGUGGCGGGGCUGGAGGGCAGAGGGUGAGGGAGGAGGGUUAAGAAACAGAGCGGGGCCCUCUCACUGUCCCUUGCCUACAGCAUGUGCAUUCCAGCCUUGCUGCCUUUGCUCCCUCAGUUCCUCUUUCGCCCCACUCCCACCCAAAAGAAAUGUGUCACUCAAUUUGGACCUACUGAACAAGAAAACGAAUCCCAUCUUUACCAAAACACCUUCUCCAAGCCCCCAACCCCUCACUGAUCUUGCAUCCCCCAGGUCUCACGCAAUUGUGGUCAAUAUUGUGGUAAUUGCUAAUUGUAAUGAUUGUAUAAGUGUGCAUUAGUUGUGUCUCCCCGGCUAGAUUGUAAGCUCCUGGAGGACAGGGACCGCCUCUACAAAAAAAUUAAAAAAAGUACCUCCCCUGUCUCGCACAGUGUCCCAGGACCCUGCGGGGCGGUGGAGGCGCACCAAAAAGUUUUGUCUCCUGUGACUUCUUUUCCGGCUUCAACACAUACUUCUAAGACUGGGCUGAUGUGCACUGUACUUGGGAGAGGGACGGAGGGGAAGCAACAAAAUGGGAAUAAACCUUCAC